UGCACACCACUGUCUUGUGACACACACGCUGCUUGGAGACCACAAACUAAAGUUUAUGAAUCUUGAAAACGUCUCUUACUUUUCGGGCAUGUGCAACAUGACUGCGGAAUCUCAGUACUCCCCAACCGAGGUGGCGAGUCCCAUGGGAGUCUCCCCUAACCGCAGCCUGGAUUCCUCCUCGCCGGGGAGAGGGCAAGACGAGGUGAUGAUCAAAUCGGAGCCCAGGGGCAGCAGCCCUGCCACUGACAGGGAGGAUGGCAAUCUGGGCCAGACUGAGGACCAGCUGCCAACAUCUGGGAGCCGACGCAGGAAGCGGCCCGUUCAGCGAGGCAAGCCGCCUUACAGCUACAUCGCUCUGAUAGCCAUGUCCAUCGCUAACUCGCCCGAGAGGAAACUCACGCUCGGGGGCAUCUACAAGUUCAUCAUGGAACGCUUUCCAUUCUACAGGGAGAAUUCCAAAAAGUGGCAGAACUCGAUCCGGCACAACCUGACCCUCAACGACUGCUUCGUCAAAAUCCCGCGGGAGCCCGGGCGCCCUGGCAAGGGCAACUACUGGACCCUGGACCCGGCGGCCGAAGACAUGUUUGAUAACGGUAGCUUUUUGCGCAGGAGGAAGCGCUUCAAAAGGACAGACGUCAGCACCUACCCGGGCUACAUGCAGAACGCCAGCGCCUUCACCCCGACCCCAGUCGGAAGACAGUCCUAUCCCAACACGUUAUACCCCGGCAUGGGCUCAGGGUACAGCCCCCACAUCCACAGUAGCACGCACCACCCCGCCAUGCUCCAUCACUACCAGAGCCCAGGCGUGGUCGGACAGGGGCAGCACAGGAUGUUCAGCAUAGACAAUAUCAUCAACCAGCAAUCCGUGCUGCAGUCUUCCUCGGGGACCGAGCUGAGCCACCAGUCACUGAGCUUGAACGGGGACGGCAGCAUGGCCCCCAGCUGCUUGGUGGGAGUCGGUUCCGACCCGGUGUCCUGUUUCCAGUCCCAGUCGUUCAGUCCCUCUGGAGUGGGAUCCAUACUGAGCAGGUCCAGCGGCACCAUCUCAUCCGACCUGGCGGCGGCCUAUCCUUACUCCUCCUCGCCGCCCCACUUGCCCGCCAUUGCCCAGGCGAGUUACUCGCCGAGUAAUACCCAGAUGUACGCCCCUUCCAACAGGAUCUCUCUGCAGCCCAUGCGCUCCAGUUCGUGUUCCGACCACACCGACCAGCUCCUGAGUCUAUCGAGCUCACAAACGAACGGGCUCGGCCAGUUCGGUGCCAAUAACUCCUACAUGAGGCAGGCCAGUUUUGCUUCGGGACUGGAGAGGUACAUGUAAAAGAUGUUCAAAGACUGUCUCGUGAUAUCACACCAGCUCUUCUGUUUAAAAAGAAAAACAAAACUCGGACAUCCCAGGAGAUUAGCGCUUUUUAAUACUUACACCGUUUAUUUUCUGUGUCUCAUUUUCUUUUUAAAUGUGUUGUUUCUUUGGUCAUCCAAAACUUUUAUACUAUUUUAUAAAUAUUGGAAACCGAUUUUUUAAAUAUUGCAUUUUUGUUGUCGUUGAAAUUUGUAUAUAGUAAAAAGCACUAUUAAUAUGUAUUUUUUUUUUUAAUGAAAUAGGUUGGAAUAGAUUCUAAUGUAAUUUAAGCUCUCCUGGUUAUACAAAUGUUGCCACAUCAUCAACAUGUGUGUUCAAUAUUUAUGGAU